GCCUGUGUGAGAUAACACAAGAUCCACCAUGUCGCUCAAAGGCUAUUACGAAGCCUCGUUGUGUCCGCCGGCAGCAGACGAUGUGUUGGCGGCGGCGCCGGUGGCGAUAAAGUGGGACUGGGGGGAAGUCCUUCUUGACCACGCCGCUUACAUGGUUGAUAAGAAAAACCAUACUUCCGCCCGCUGUCGAUUCAGGAUGAACGUCCUGAACAGCAGGGAGGUGGAAAUGCGGGUCACCUUGUGCCUCGCCCCGCCGCCUCUCGUCUCCCAUUUCUGCUGCCACGCCCACUACACCGACGGCCACGGAGAAGAAGACACCUGCUUGUUCUGCGACGAGCCGUCCAUGUUCGCCAUGGAGGGUGAGCUUGCACUCAUCACCCUCUGCCACGGGGAAUUCCCCCCAUCCCCCAUAGACGACAACAAGAACUACUAUGAAUACUUGGUGUACCGGGCAGGGGAGGAGGAACUCACCCGGCUCCCGCACCCCGCCCCCGCGAUGUUGCCAAAUAGGAGAUCCCACUGCUUCAAUUCCACUGCGAUUGUUGUCGUGCCUUACAGCAGCAAAAUUUUCACCCAUACUCGCCCCCACAAAAUUUCUCAGGGUGAUGAUGCGUGUGAUGCCUACAAAAUCGCAGCGCUUGGCAAGGACUUUUUCCACGACUUUGCCAAUGGCCCACACUUCCUGUGCAUCUACGACUCCAAGACCCGGGCCUGGACCCGCAAGGCAGGUGCUGUUCCCCAGCCACUGCCGUCGCCAUCCGACUUUAUCUCCGACACGGCCAUCACCAUCGGCGGCUCCAGCGGCGGCAUCGUGGGCUGGGUCGACCUCUGGAGUGGCAUGCUGCUCUCCGACGUGCUAGCCGACGACACCCCCUUCCACCUGUUCCGCUAUGUCUCUCUUCCCAAGCCGAGGCAGCCGCCAAAUUGGCUCCCUCUUGCCGUCGACAUUGUAACCGCCUUUCGGGACAUUGUCCUUGUCAAAGAGACUGGCAUCAUCAGGUUCGUCGACCUUCAGGUCCAUGCAGAACCCGGCCCUUGCUCAGAAACCCCUAGUGGCUGGACGGUGGUCACAUGGACCCUGGAGGGGUUCCGUAGGGAUUCGGAAACCCUGGGUGAUAUGCGUUUCCGGCCGGAGCAUGAAGUCCAUUCUUGUGAUAUUGAAAACUACAAUUUGCCCCAAUCUGUCUUUGUUUCUUACCCCAUUCUCAGCUCCCACAAAGAUGGCAUCUUGUACCUCAGGACCACUGUCAGCAGCACAACCGACAGGAACUCGCGAGUUAUCGCUGAUGACAUCAAGAAUAAGAAGCUGCUGAAGGUGGGUGAAUUCGAUAUGCGAAGACCCAACACCUACAGGCGCACUACCAUCUCCAGCUAUCUCAAGCCCCCACGUACCGUACCAGCGCCUCCCCACUAUUAAUGAUAAAAGAUGCUAUGCCUUGCUCAAAUCCAUUCAGAGAUGUAGAUCAUGACAUGAAUUGUAGGUUUAUCAUCCGAUGUCAAUGUGGUGGUUAAUUAAAGACAGUUUCAAAGGAGACUAUGAAACGACCAGCUCCGGUGUCUCUCGGGUCCUCCUCGCAAGAGGCCGCAGAAGCAGCCUGCCUUCAUUAUGUCGGGGAUGCUGAAGGAGGUCAGGGUGAUGUCGGGGAUGCCAUAGUGCCAUGGACUGGACUCACAAUAGAUGAUUUGUUUGGGUAUGGCUGCCUUCGAGGUCAAUACCAUCAUUAUGGUUUCUUUGCUUUCAACCCAUGCCAGCCCACCAUCCGAGAACAUGGAGAGAGUGUCUGCUUGUGCUUCCUUGUUACUCCCUCUGUUCCAUAAUAUAAAAAUGUUUUUCACAUUACACCAAUGUCAAAAACGUUCUUAUACUAUGGGGACGGAGGGAGUAACUAGUAAGAAUCUGAAAAUGUUCUAGAAGAUUCAGUAGGAAUGUAUGAUGGAGGUCGAGGCUGGGAGACGAUUGUUACUCCCUCCAAUACAAAAUAAGUAUUUAUAGUUAUUUGGAGCUUCUACAUGUUUGCUCUACCAAUUACUAUUAUUAUUAUGUUCUAGUACAACCUGAUGUCCAUGGUUUGUAAUCCCCUACUUGUAUUUAUUUUUCUAUUAUUA